AUGAGAUAUAUUUGGUUUCAAAGAAAUGACGUCUUAUUUGAAGAUGGGAAGAUUAAUAUGAACAAUUUCAAAAGAAAGAUUCAUCAGAUGGUGCAUGAAGGAGAUGGGUACAUAUUAUUUUAUUGUGAUGGUGUUUCAUUUGGAAAUCCUGGAAAUGCAGGAUUCGGGGUGGUUGCUAGAGAUAACAUUUCUCAGGUAAUUGGUACAUUAUCAGGUGGAGUGGGGAUUGCCACUAACUCCAUUGCAGAAAUUUAUGUAAUUCUUUGUGCACUAGAAUGGGCAGUGGUAUUGAUGGUUAAAAAGGUUAUCAUAAGGUCUGAUUACAAAUCAGUAGUUAGUCCCUUUGAAAAGAACAAAGUACCAUGGUACUUAAGAAUUAGAUGGCAAAAUGUUAUUCAACUGUUUGAUGAUGUUAAAUUUCAACACUGUUACAGAGAAAUCAAUUUCUCUGCUGAUCUACUAGCCAAGAAAGCUUCUUCUACACUUCCAGUUAUCCCAUUCACUGUUCUGCAGCCUUUGAAGUUACCUGCUAAGUCAUAG